AUGGCCAUGGUCCUCGACGCCCAGCUGCAGCAGGCAGCCCUCUUCAAGAAGGUGGCGGAGUCUAUGAAGGACCUGUGCAAGGAGGUGAACUUCGAUUGUUCGGAGAAAGGCAUGCAAGUGCAGAGCAUGGACAGCUCCCAUGUGGCGCUGGUGUCGCUGAAUUUUCGUGAGGCGGCUUUCGCGGAGUUCAAGUGUGACAGGCCCGUGUCGCUGGGAAUGAACGUGGACUCCUUGACCAAGAUCUUGAAGAUGACGGGGCCCAGCGACACGCUGAAGAUCCGCCACAAGGGCGACACGGACGUGGUGAACUUCCAGUGCGAGGGCUCGGACGACCGAAUCUCGGAGUUUGACUUGAAGCUGUUCCAGAUCGAGAACGAGCACAUGGAAAUUCCCGAGCAGCACUACAAGGUGGUUGCCAAGCUCCCGUCGAGUGAGUUCCAGAAGAUCUGCCGGGAUUUGAAGGAGUUUGGCGAGACUCUGCAUUUGACCGGCGACAAGGACGGCUUGAAGUUCGUGGUGUCCGGGGACAUCGGCAGUGGCAACGUGCUGCUGAAGCCACGGGAGACAGAGAAGCCGGAGGAGAAGGUAUCCCUCACAGUGCACGAGCCCGUGACGGCUGCUUUCGCCUUGCGCUACCUGGUGAACUUCUCGAAGGCUUCGCCCCUCUGCGGUUCCGUCACCCUGGGCUUUGCACCGGAUGCCCCGCUGCUGGUGCAGUACGACCUCGAGACGGAGGACAAGGGCCACAUGAAGUUCUACCUCGCACCGAAGAUCGAUGAGUGA